GUUCCCCAGCGCUUUGGGCCCGCGGCGCGCCCCGAGCCCCCGCGGACCCGCCCCCCGGGCUCGCUCCGGGCGGGGCGCGAACCCGCAGCCAGGGCUGGGCGCUCGGCCCGCGCGGCCCUUUGGAACUUCGGAGGGCCGAGGCGGCCGCCGCGCGGUUUCGGGCCGUCUAGCGGCUGCCGCAACCGGUGGCUUCGGGCCGCCGCGGUGAAGUGAGCGGGCCUCUCCGGCGCGCAGCUCGCUGGGAACCGCUGCCCGACCCCCGCGGACCUCGUCAGGGUUCCGACCUGCCACCGAGGAGGUCCGUGACCGUUUCGAUUUCUCUUCGUAAAGUCUGAUUUUGGAGACUGAAAAAGGCUUUGGAGAGACGAGCUGUGUCUUGGGAAGCAAGGCCUGUUCUGUGCGGUGCAGAAACGCCUUAAGAGAAGAGAAAUAAAUCCCCGAGGAAAGGGUGUAUGUUAAGUUUGUCACAAGAUGUCAGCUGUUCACGUGGGGUCUAAAACGGAGCCGUCAAGUGCAGGUCACCUCCAGAUCGUGUUGUACUCAAGAGGUGGGGAGGACGCUCAGGUCAGAAGACUGGCUUUUAUCUGGAGGGGCUGUUGCUAGCAGGUGACUCAAAACAGUGCCGCUUUUGUGAUCUUAUCAGUGAUACGGUUUUUGAGAACCAGGUAACCAUCAAGGGGACUUGAAAGGAAGUAAGAUGGAUUUUGUGAAUCCCUGCAUACGACUUCCCUUGAAGCACGUUUGAAGAUGUCAUACUUUAUUCCAUUUAACGCGAAAUGCCUGGACAUGUAAUCUAAUUUGCCAGCUGUCUUGAGAGGAUGAAGGAAGAUGAAUGUGUCUUCAUGCACGCACUGGGACCUCUUAACUGGUGUUUUGAGACAUUUGUUGAAUCCUUCUGGGCCACACGUAGAUUCAGAGUUAAGAUUUGUUUGCAGUGUCAGAAAAGUAAGUGCCUGGUGGAAAUGAAGAGACUAAGGUCAGGAAACAGUUACGACGUUGUCAUUGACUUGCUGCCGUAUCUUGGGUCUGAUAAUGGCAUUGUGGUUAUAAAGGAGAACAUACUCUUGGGAGAUACAAACGGAAUAGUUUAGAGGACUUUCAUUUGGAUCUUUGGAUGCCCGUUGAACAGACACUUGAAAUCCGCAAGUAAUCUUCAGAUCAUAGCAGAACCAUAGGCCUUUCCUUUGUGUUGGGAGGAAUAGCUCAUAUGCUGUGGAUAUGAACGGGGAGCAGCAGCCUGAUGCAGAUGCUGGCUCUGGUGUAGAAGAAGUGGAAUUAAGCUGGGAAGAUUACCUCGAAGAGACAGGGUCCAUAGCAGUUCCAUAUGGGUCUUUUAAACAUGUGGACAUACGUUUGCAAAAUGGAUUUGCUCCUGGGAUGAAGCUGGAAGUGGCUGUGAGAACAGAUCCUGAAACCUACUGGGUUGCCACCAUAAUUACUACCUGUGAGCAGUUACUCCUUCUUCGCUAUGAUGGAUAUGGGGAUGACCGGAGAGCAGAUUUCUGGUGUGACAUUCGAAAGGCUGAUCUUUACCCUAUUGGGUGGUGUGAACAGAAUAAGAAGACCUUUGAAGCCCCAGAAGGUAUCAGGGAUAAAGUGUCUAACUGGGAUGAGUUUCUACAGCAGACUCUGAUGGGAGCAUGUAGUCCUCCUGUUCCACUGCUAGAGGGCCUCCGUAACGGGAGGAAUCCUUUAGAUCUCAUUGCUCCAGGAUCCAAGCUAGAAUGUCAAGAUUUCCGGGAUUCUUUAAGUACUUGGAUUGUUACAGUAGUAGAAAACAUUGGUGGAAGGCUGAAGCUACGUUAUGAAGGACUUGGAAGUUCUGACAAUUUUGACCAUUGGUUGUAUUACUUGGAUCCAUUUCUUCAUCAUGUUGGUUGGGCUGCUCAGCAGGGAUACGAGCUUCAGCCCCCAUUAGCCAUCAGACAUCUGAAAAAUGAAGCUGAGUGGCAGGAGAUUUUGGUCAAAGUGAAAGAGGAGGAGGAAGAGCCAUUACCAUCUUACUUAUUUAAGGACAAACAAGUUAUUGGCAUUCAUACUUUUGCUGUAAAUAUGAAAUUAGAAGCAGUGGACCCCUGGUCUCCUUUUGGAAUCUCUCCUGCUACCAUUGUUAAGGUAUUUGAUGAGAAGUACUUUCUGGUGGAAAUGGAUGAUUUGCGGCCUGAGAACCACGUGCGGCGAUCCUUUGUAUGCCAUGCUGACAGUCCUGGCAUCUUCCCUGUGCAGUGGAGUCUGAAGAAUGGCCUACACAUCAGCCCCCCUCCGGGCUACCCGAGCCAGGACUUUGACUGGGCUGACUACCUCAAACAGUGUGGUGCUGAAGCUGCUCCCCAGAGGUGCUUUCCUUCGUCAAUUUUUGAGCAUGAAUUUAAGGAAAACAUGAAGCUUGAGGCGGUGAACCCUCUUCUCCCUGAAGAAGUGUGUGUUGCCACCAUUACUUCAGUGAGAGGCUCCUACCUGUGGCUCCAGCUGGAGGGUUCUAAGAAGCCUAUACCUGAAUGCAUUGUGAGUGUGGAAUCCAUGGAUAUAUUUCCUUUGGGCUGGUGUGAAACCAAUGGCCACCCCCUUAGCACUCCUCGCCGAGCACGAGUACAUAAACAGAGGAAAAUUGCAGUGGUUCAACCAGAAAAACAAGUACCAUCUUCAAGGACUGUCCAGGAAGGCCUGAAGAAUCAGGAGCUGAACUCCACAGACUCAGUUAUAAUUAACGGAAAAUAUUGCUGUCCAAAGAUAUACUUCAACCACCGUUGCUUCUCAGGGCCAUAUCUUAAUAAAGGAAGAAUCGCUGAGCUUCCUCAAUGUGUAGGACCUGGGAACUGUGUUCUGGUCCUUAGAGAGGUCCUCACUUUACUUAUCAAUGCAGCUUAUAAACCCAGUCGUGUACUUCGGGAGCUCCAGCUGGACAAAGAUUCUGUGUGGCAUGGAUGUGGGGAAAUCCUAAAAGCCAAAUAUAAAGGAAAGAGUUAUCGGGCUACUGUUGAAAUAGUGAAAACAGCAGAUCGAGUGACUGAAUUCUGCCGACAAACCUGUAUCAAACUAGAAUGCUGCCCUAACCUCUUCGGUCCACGGAUGGUUUUGGAUAAGUGUUCUGAGAACUGUUCUGUACUUACAAAGACCAAAUACACACACUAUUAUGGAAAGAAGAAAAAUAAAAGAAUUGGGAGGCCACCUGGUGGGCAUAGUAACUUAGCUUGCGCCCUGAAAAAAGCUAGUAAGAGGAGAAAGAGGCGGAAAAAUGCUUUCGUUCAUAAGAAGAAACGCUCUUCUGCAUCUGUUGAUAAUACCCCAGCAGGCUCUCCCCAGGGAAGUGGGGGUGAAGAUGAGGAAGACCCUGAUGAAGGGGAUGACGAUUCCCUCAGUGAAGGCAGUACAUCUGAGCAACAGGACGAGCUGCAAGAAGAGUCAGAAAUGUCAGAAAAGAAGUCGUGUUCCUCUUCUCCUACCCAAAGUGAGAUGUCCACGUCGCUGCCUCCAGACAGACAGAAGAGAAAAAGAGAGCUUCGCACUUUUUCAUUUUCUGAUGAUGAAAAUAAACCUCCUUCACCAAAGGAAAUAAGGAUUGAAGUUGCUGAAAGGCUUCAUCUGGACAGUAACCCCCUGAAGUGGAGUGUGGCAGAUGUUGUACGGUUCAUCAGAUCCACCGACUGUGCUCCAUUAGCACGAAUAUUCCUAGACCAGGAAAUUGAUGGGCAGGCCCUGUUGCUUCUUACCCUUCCCACUGUUCAAGAGUGCAUGGACUUAAAAUUGGGCCCCGCCAUCAAACUUUGCCAUCACAUAGAAAGGAUCAAGUUUGCUUUUUAUGAGCAGUUUGCCAACUGAGGAGGACAACCAAAGUGAGCUGGAUCUUUGAAGCACAAAUGCAGUGAAUCCUUCCACUGGCUCCACAAGUGGAGCUGGAAUAGUCCUGGGGCUCUGGGCCCUGCAGGUGUCGGCUUGUUCUCUUUUGCACUUUCAGGGAAGGAGGACCCACACUGAGGAAGCAAAAAUUGGGCAUAGAAGUGGCUCUCCUGCUGGUGGAAAUGUAGACAGAUCUUGUUCAGGAGAUUGCAGUUUUUAAAAAAUAAAAGUUGUAAGGAAAAGGCUUAUAUGAGAAGAAUAAGCAUUUCCAAUGUUGUGACCUGGAAACAAAGAAUAACCUAGGCUGCUGGAAAAAACCCUUUUGGUUUUGUUUUCAUUCUAUUCCUUCCCAUUGUAUAUUGAACUUUGUUCUCUGCUUUCUCUUUCUUGGAGAGAGAGGACAUGGCUUUAAAGUCAGCACUGAUUUGGGACUGUGCCUACGAUGGAUCAGUGCGUCAUUAUCAUUGUAUUUUUAAACUUUUUAAAAUUAAAACAGUUCAUUUGGGGGAUGAUUAUGUGGCUGUAGGGUUUUGAAUGUAUAGUCACACUUUGAUCCAUUUUAAAAUCUAUUCAUAGGAGUUCCUUUGUUUACUACCUCUGUUGAUAAUUGCGCUUACAGCCAUGUAUGAGGUUUUUUGUAUGAUGCCAUUUUUAAGCUACAUGAACACUAAAACUAAGAAAGAAGUCGGGGAGAGGGGAGGGACAAUUUUCUUUCUUAAAAACAUUAUGUGGGCACUUAUAAUACCGCUCCCUUAACUGACCUGAUCUGAGAACUCUGUUGUACUCCAUCAUUGACCCAGUUUGGGCUACCUAUGUUAAGUGGCUUUGGAAAGACAGUUAGAAUUUCAACUUAAUUGCUCUCUCCCUGUUAGUUUUCAUAGACACUUCAAUGGCUUUUAUUCUCUAGAGUUGUUUUCUACCUCUGUUUUCAUUUCAUUUCAUUUUCACCUCUGGGUGAAAAUUGGUAGAUGUUCCUCGGACCCACAGUAAAACUCAUUUCCCCUUCUUUCUAGAUGUAUCCAGAUAGAGAGUGCAGAAGCACAGCAGGGAAAAUGUGUUUUAGGGGGUGAUGCAGAGCAUGGAGUUUCUGUAGCAGUCAUCUCAGUGGCUGGAUAAAGAUUGAGAGGUGGUUCGAGAUUCUGGAAAUACCUUUGCCUUGCCACGCUUACAUUUUUCUUGAGUUAAUCCUUUAAAUUGAAUGUAAUCGAUAGUCUGAAUAUUCUCAUUUAAACUACUCAGUAUUCUUUCAGGUGUAUCUUUUGUCACAGCUCAAGUUAACAUGAAACUCCAGAUGAAUUUUCACUUGUGAUUCCACUGCUAGCCAUUGUAGAAUUAUAGCAUUUGCUGUACUGUUCCAGCCUGGAGAAAUGAGGAAAAACACAUACAGAGAUUGCCGCCUUUAGAUGUUUCACUUUGCUGAGUGGUUUUUUUAAAUUAUUAUCCUAGUCACCUGCAAAUUUAUAACCUAGUCAAUCUUCUUCAAGAUUUGAAAAUGUUUUAAAACCGCAAACUGGGAAAAUUCUAAACAAUUAUACAAAUAUAAUACUACAAAGUUAAACUGACUGUGGUUUUUUUCCUCCCCACUCCUCCUCAUAACACCUCCACUCCUGCCAAUCUGUUUUUAUGGACAUUAGCAGAUAGUCUGUCAUCUGGAUCCUGUCUUCACUGGAUAAUUAAUAAACCACCUUAACUCAAACCCUCCAACUAAAUCAUAUUAAUAAAGCAUAUACUCAUUGCUUAGGUUACUAUCAGGCAUAUCUAGAAAGAAGCUUCAAUUAAGUAAAAGUUAAUAUGUUUGAAACUUUGAGAUCCAAUGUUUAAAAAUUUGAUUAAGUCGGGCGGCGCCUGUGGCUCCAAGGAGUAGGGCGCCAACCUCAUAUGCCGGAGGUGGUGGGUUCGAACCUGGCCCCGGCCAAAAAAAACUGCAAAAAAAUUUUUUUUUUCAUUAAGAGAAGCAUUAUAUGAUGCUGGGGAACAAUCAGCAUUAAGCAGGUAGUCUUUGAGGGUGGUGAUGGUGGAAGUAAUCUUACUUAAGGUUUUCUGAGAACUGAGCAGCGAGGGCAGUAAAGCAAGGAGGAUCCCUUGAGGAAGAUCAGUGGAACAAAAAAUAUAUGGAAUUAAUGUUGAGGGCCUCAUGGUAUUGUCUUAUUUAGGAAAAUGAAAUAUAUUUCCUAUAAGAGGGAAUUUACCAAAUGUGGGAACAGCAAAUAUGUUAUUUUGUCCCUCUUUUGACUUUUCCAGAAACCACAGAAUUUAGAAUCACCUCCCUUCACAGGUAAAGGGAUGAAGAUACUGGAUGGUGAAACACAGAGCCCGAAAUAACCUCUGAUCUGGGUAGAGUUGGGGGCCAACAGGCUUAUCUGUUGUAUACCAUGAUUAUCCAAGCUCAGCUUUCUCCCACAGAAAGGCUGACUCUAACUCUAGUGGGAUUUCCUUUAGCAUUCUCCUACUGAUACAUAAUUUACUAGGCAAUUGCGUCAAAGGGGAAUUAUAUCCCUCUAUCCCAUACUCCCAGAUAUUACAUAAGAGAGGAUAAUUGGGAAUUUAGCAUAUGGCAUUUUUUAAAGUUAAAAUCUAAUUUACCUCAUAAAGUUGUUGGCACUGGGCUGUGCUGGACAGCAGUGAUGGCCAAUUUCUAUGAUGCUGAAACAGAUGUUAAACUUACUGUGUUGGGGCAAAAUGUUUGUAUGGUGCACAUAGGUGCAUGAACUUUGUUUUUUAGAGAGAUCAACUUCUUAAACUUAUGAAUGGUACAUUGUAAGGGGACUGUGUCUGGAUUUCACCUGCAGUUGGCCCCAUAUCCUUCCUGCCUGGUCAGAAAGUUUUUCAUGGCCCAUUUUUUGGACCCUUAAUUGACAAGCUUAAAAAUAUGUUAAUGAAACAUUUUAUCUUUCUGGACCUCAAAAAGAUAGCUGGCCAAUAUCAGACCGUAUUACUACUAUGUUGGUUUGCUAGAAAAACCUUGUGCUACAGAUGCAGAUUAGCUGUGACAUUUUGACAGCUUCUGGGGACUAUGCUAUUUUCCUUUGUAAGCUACUUUCAUCUUUCUUAUUUAAAGCAGAGUUGAAGUGGCUAAUGUAAGGAAUGCAAUAAUAAGGGGGGCUUUAGCAAUGUAAGUGGCUCCCAGAACACAUCUGUGUUAUAGAUAUAUGAAGUCAGAAAAGGUUACCCACCAACCUCUAGAAAAAAUGAGCUUCUUGGUAAAUAUUUAUUGUUUAUGAUAGAGGCAAACAUAGAAAACCUGUUUAGAUCUUGGCUUUUAUAUGUCUUUUUCCCUGAAGUAAAAUUCUCACUGAGAGAAAGGGCAUUGGACCAUAGUUUCCUGAGGGCUUGAAUAUAUUUUACUUGCCCUCUAGUACCAAUUCAGUCACUAAUGUGGUACCUUAAUACAGUUUAAAAUCUCUAGAAGGUCUUGGGUAAGGUAAUACUCAGAAUCAUUUCCCUCUCUCAAACCAAAAAGUAUUUCUGAGGGAACUUUUGUACAACUUCCGAGACUCUACAUGGGAAAACUGUCACAGACACGUAUUUAUUUGGCACCCAUCACCAAAGACUGUUGUAUUUAAGACACUAUUUACUGGUUUGAUUGAUUCCCACAGAAGCUCCAAGAGGUUUUUAGGAGGUUAGCUUCUAUAGUGGAAGCACACCUUGUAUUUGAACUCUGGUCCUAUAUACUGAAGAUGUUCUGUGUAUGUAUACACACUUGUUAUCAGUAGGAAAUUUGUUGACGUUAGGAAGGUGAAAGAGAAGGCAUCACUAUGAGAAAUGCAGUAUAAAUCUCGGUGAGAACCAGGUACCCUUCUUUUAAGCUUAAAAUUUAAUUUAUUUCUAGGUCUACUAUAAGUAACCACGUGUCUCGGUCAUGGUGCUGACUCAGAAACUCUGUAGGACAGAAAGGCUCCUGCAAAACCAAAAAGAAAUGUCACUUUCCUGCAAUUAUAAUUCUUCCUUGCCUUUAUUCACUUUAAAUGCUUUACUAGUCAGUUUUGAUGACUGUCCCACCCCUUUUGUGAGAAUGUGCAUACUUUGGAAACUUGAAUUUAUCCAAAAAGCUACCUAUGACUUAGAAUUUGGCAUAUGAGUUCUAACUAACUCAAUGCUUGGCCCAAAUGGAUUUGAUUCCAGGCCCACUCACCUGGGGUGUUUUCCUCAGUAUAUGUCCCAUUCCACACAGGUAGCCUUGUUUCUGAGGGCAACCUUAGGGGAGAGGUGUGCAAGGUGGUGGGCAUUAAAUGCACUGCAGACUGAUUUUCCUGGUUGUGGUGGUUAUGAAGUCUUGAGAUUUUUUGUAAGAACCAGCAAAUCCAGGAGUGGGGGGUUGGAUGGAUGUAGAAAUAGGCCUAAAAUUCCCUCUUAGUUCUUUUCUGAUUUAACACACCAUUGGGUCUAUCCUGGUGCUAUAACCUAUCACAAAGGACUAUUUAAAAAGGGAUACAAGCCACACAGCCUUGCAGGACAAGUCUUUAACACCAGCACUAAAGCGUGGACCAACCCUGAGCCAUGGGAGGGAGGCAAGCAGAGAGGCUAAUGCUAACUAGUGAGAUGGUGCCACCUUUGCCAAUGGGAGUGCCUGUUCUCAGGAUGUGUGGAAACUCAGGCCUAAAGGUUUCUGGAUGGUUUAUUCAAUCUUACUGCAUGCCUACCUUCGCAGGGUGGAGGUGGACAAAAGUGUCCACCUGAUUUGACGAUUGAGGGAGGUUACAAGGCUUAGGCAAAGUUAGAGCUAGGUGGUCCUUUAGAUCAUUUUGCAUGAAUCUCUGAUGAAGGUGGUUUGAAUGUUACUCUUGAGAAUUUAAAGGCUCAUUUCUUUUGUUCUUCCUUUCUUCCUUUUUUUCUUUGCAUAUUCUCUAAAGACAAUCAGAGGCCUGCCAGAGGGGACUCCUGGCUGGUUCCAGCACUGUCCUUAGGCCACUUUCUAAUAUUAACUCAUUGGAACUGAUGCACUUUGUUUAAUGUAUUUUGCCUUUUUUUUUUUUUAAGCUGCUCAUUUAGAACAAAAUGAAAUGCUCAUUGCAUUGUAUCCUUCUUGCUUGCUGUUUUUCCUCUUAAUUUCAAAAGUUAUGCUUUGAAGAUAAAGUACCCUUAAGGAGAAAUAUGAACAAGAAUACCUAUUAAAAUAACUCCCGUCAAGUUUGAUGGUAUAACUUCAACGGAUUAAAAAAAAUAUUUUGGAU